AUGACGGACGGUUCAGGAAUGCAGAGCGGGUUUGGCAGGCAACUUGCGCAUACAGAUAAGAGCAUCCGCGACCGGGCAGUCAGAGGUCUCACGAAAUGGCUGGUAAACAAUGAAGAAAUUAAGGAUCUUGAUCUCUUGAAACUUUGGAAAGGACUUUUCUACAGUUUCUGGAUGUCCGAUAAGCCUCUCAUUCAACAGCACCUGGCGGAUAAGCUCGCUAGCCUAGCACUCCACUUACCUCAGUCCACGGUUUUGCGGUAUAUUCGAGCGUUUUGGACUAUAAUCGUUGCGGAUUGGCAUGGGAUCGACAGGCUGAGAUUGGACAAGUACUAUAUGUUGUUGAGAAAAUUCCAUUUCUACGGGUUCAAGUAUUUGGAGAGCAAAGGGUGGGAUGCCGAUGUGGUUGGGGAGUACCUGCAGAUCUUGAAGAAUGGACCUUUGAAGCUCAACGAUCUGAAAACUCCAGACUCUUUGAGGUACCACACCGCGGAAGUGUACCUGGAGGAACUUCAGAGAGCAGUUGGAGGAAAGGCGACUGCGGACGCCGUUUUUCAGCUACUGGAUCCCUUUUUUGAUAUCAUAUCCAAAUCAGCAAACGAUGUUGUCUUCGCUAAGGUCCGAGAAAAUAUUUUUGAGCACAUUCUCGAUCAAACUUCGAAAGAUGACAGCGCGAUGGAUCACGACGUCCCCUCUCUCCCGUUUGACUGCGAGCGAAUUGGACGGCGAAUAUUCGAUAUCGCAAUAGGCUCCGAUGUCCUCGUGAAAAACCGACCAAAAGUGCAACACUUAUUUAAAGCGUAUGCAAAAGUUGUGAAGAUUGAUGUGGAUGAGAGCCUGUUGAAAACCUCCAAAGGCGCCAUCAAAGGAACAAAAAGCAAGCCGGACCAUUUGAUCGAUGCUGGUCCGGCUACUUUGAAGGUGAAUGGCAAAGGCCAGGCCCAGUCUGAACCCAAGAGUGAGGAAAGAGCACAUGACGAUCUCGUGGGGUCAAAGCGGAAAGCAGCGCCAGUUGACACUAGCGAAGAGGAUGCUUCCCCGAGGAAGAAAAAGAAGAAGGGAAAGAAGGGCAAGACAGAGACUGCAGAUGAAACGGCACAGGUGAUGGAUGUCAAAGAAAAUAUGCACGGAGAAUCAUCAGAUGCGAGGGUGGACGUAACGGGCGAGGGGAUGGACGGAAUUGAACAGUAUAAGGUGGAGGUUAAGGUCACGAAGAUACCCAAGGCCAAAACCAAGAAGACCCAGGACGCAACCGGUGCACUUCCACUGCCCGGAACCGUAACAGACAGUAUAGAUCCAAAGCUGAGUCCAGUUACACCGCAAUCGAAACAAAAGAAGACGGGAAAGAAUGCGAUGACAGUCCCUGCGAAACAAACCCAAAAGACACUGCUCAUAGCAACUGCCAGCUCCGAUCCCAGGAAAUCUGUAAAAUUUGUCAUGGAGAAAAACAUGGUCAAAAGUUUCGACAUAAAAGAGCCCGUGGCGGAGGAAGGCACCCCCUCUCGCAAGACAGAAACUAGCGCGCCGCCUGUGUUGAAACCUGCGCUUGCUACACCAGUGGCCAAGAAGCUCGAAAGUUUGCUGAAAUCGGCCGUGUGGACGGAAAAGGCCCACGAAGACGUUCAAGCGAACGAAACUGUAGAGGAAGGAACGCCUAAGGGGACGCCAAAACGGGAUGGGACUGUGACAGAGUCUAAGGAAACUCCAGGAAAGACAUCAAAGAAAAGCCCAAAAGCCGCAAAAUCGUCCCAGCUUUCAGUGCUCCUGACAACGCUGCUGCAACAAUCCAACACAACAUCCGCCAAAGACCCUGCAAUCUCAGAGAAGAGCUCCACGAAAUCACCAGAUCCGAUAACUCCGCAGGGUAAACCAUCGACUAAACAAGGAGCUCAGAAGACCCCUACAUCCUCACAGAGCAAGAAAAAGACUCCCAAAUCAGCGCGUAGUGCUUCAAAAAACACCCCGACUCCAGACCGCAAGAGCCCCCGACGAGCGGUGGCCGCUGAUUUUAUGUAG